AUGGGCGCAGAGGGACUCCGCAAAGAAAAGGAACGCCGUCAAGAGUUCAAAGAGAAACUCAAAGCUGGACAGAAAGAGUCCGAUGAACGGCAUGUCUCAUCUGAAACAUCUGUCAAGGUUCAGGAACCGGAAGAGAAGCACGAUGUACUUUCAGGCCAGGAAAGUGACAAGCCUGAGCACGACGCAGAUAGUGCACACAGUACCAAGGAUGGAAAGAAGGGAACGACAGAGGGUGGGCUAUAA